ACAAAAUUUAUUGAUUUUAAAUUUGUACGUCAUAUAAUUAAAAUAAUUUCGUUUUAAAACUACUGUUUUAUAAAACAACCAUGGAUAAUGCUAUUGCUGAUAAUAUGGAUUUCGAUGCUUCUCAAUUGGCCAGUGUAAAAGAAAUAUUUAAAUCUUACAAUAAAUUAACUGAAUUAUGUUUUAUGGACUGUGCAACAGAUUUUACCAUAGGUGAUCUUAAAAGCGAUGAAGAAAAGUGUGCUCAGAACUGCACUAACAAAUUUCUCAAAGCAUCUGAAAGAAUGACCCAGAGGUUCCAAGAAUAUCAAAUGAUUAUGAAUGAACAUGUAAUUACUGCUCAACAGAAUCGAUAACUUUUUAAUUUUGCCAAUAAUUUAGUAAAUAACCAUUUGUUGUUGUUUUUAACUAUUUUAAGUGUUAGAAUUAUAAAUACACUUAAAAUUUUAUGUUGUUAAGUUGUAAUAAUUUUAAUUUAUUCGUCAAACAAUAUAGGUAUUUUUGUUCCUAAUUCUCCAAUUUUUCUGUAUAAAAUAAUUAUUAUUUAUAUUAAAAUUGAUUUUACAUUUA